GUAACAAUAAGGUGCACCGACAAUGACUCCUUAAAACCCCUAAUACGAAACGCCACUCUCCAUGUUAGUAUCAGCGACAUAAACGACGAGACACCAAAAUUUGAGCACUCAGUUUAUCAAGGACAUGUUCGAGAGAAUGAGUCCAACUCUCCAGUGAUUCACUUGACUCCAUCUCCAGCGAUUCGGGUCGUGGAUGCAGACACAGGUCGAAACGCGCAUAUCACCUUCUCACUCAAAGAAGCAUCGGCUGUUGAUGGCAGUAAAAAUUCCACCAGGAUGACUUCUGAUGUUGGAUACUUUCGUAUUGAUCCGAGAUCGGGUAGAUUGUGGACUGUUCCAGCUCUGGAUGCUGAAGAACAAGUAGAUGAUUCUUCAGGGGAAGGCAGAAAAUUCGUAUUCUACGUGGUAGCUACUGACGAUGGAGUUCCUGAAAGGCGAUCAAGUUCUGCUCUGAUGAAUAUCUUCGUUGAUGAUAUCAACGAUAAUCCUCCAGCUUUCGAACACUAUCAUUAUAAUUUUGAGGCCAAUUUCCGUUUCAUUAUCACGCAAACUCCAAAACUUCCUGGAGAACUACGUUAUAAUGACAGGGAUCAUUCCGAAGACUACGCUUUUACUAGUUUUCAUCCUAGUUUGGAGUCAGUUGGAAACAUUGAAGAGAAUGCACCAGUUGGAAUGGCAGUAGGCCAAGUCUUCGUGCGUGAUGCCGAUCGAACCGAGGCUAAUCGGAAAGUGCGGUUUUCUCUACGUGGUCGUCCUGAGGAUCUCUUUCUUGUGGAUAUCGACCGCACCACAGGUCAAAUGAGCAUGCGUCGUCCUGUUGACUACGAAAAGCAGUCUUCAAUUUCCUUGACAGUGGUUGCAGAGAAUGAUGCUCCCUUGGUAAAUCCAACUAUCCCAGGUCGACCUCCUUCUAAUUCCGUUUAUCAAACGGAAGCCAGUGUCAUCAUCAAUGUUCUAAAUGUGAACGAUAACCGACCGGAAUUCAUUCCAAUCGCACCUCAUAGAAAACAUAUCAUUUUCGCGUGGGAACAACUUCCUGUAGCUGGAAGCAAUCAGACAGCAGGUAAAAAUCAGAGAAGAUUCUGUGAACCGAUUCCCUACAAGGUUAUUGAUAAGGACUGUGAGCCUGCAAGUAGGGAAUUCUGCUGCACUCUCGAAUUGGAAAACACAUUCGAUGGAAUGUUUGGUCUACUUGAGGAGAUCCCGAGUGUUCUUUGCGCUCUGAAACGUCCAUCUCAACCACAAAGCUAUAAGCUGUUGCUGAAAGCCCGUGAUGGAAAUGGAAAUGAUAGCUUAACUUCUCAGAAGUUCGCUGGUCUUGAAGAUUUUGAGAAUGACGUUAAGCAAAUUUCUGGCAAUCAAAUUCAUCGAGAAAUCGCUAAUAAGGCACAGCACGUAAUCUUUGCAGGAGAAAACCAGUGA